ACGCGGGCCUGCGGGCUGUGGCGGGAGCGAUGCGGGAGAGCUGCCGCAUCUGCGGGCGGGAGCUGUGCGGAGCCCAGCGGCGCUGGCUUUUCCACCCGGCGGCGAAGGUGAGCCUGCAGGUGCUGCUGUCGCAUGUCCUGGGCCAGGAGGUGUCCCGCGACGGGCGGCCCGAGUUCGCCUGCAGCAAGUGCGCCUUCAUGCUGGAGCGCGUCUACCGCUACGACACGGUGGUGGCCCGCAUCGAGGCGCUCUCGCUGGAGCGGCUGCACAAGCUGCUGCUGGAGAAGGAGCGCCUCAAGGCCUGCCUGGCCGGCCUCUACCGCAAGCACAACGCCGAAGGAGGCGAGGGAGAAGCCGCAGCCCGAGGCAGCCUCCCCGACGCUAACUACGCCGCCUUGCUGCAGGAAGACUUCGCCUACUCGGGUUUUGAAUACUGGACCGGCCCGGAGGAGCGAGGCGGCGGCGGCGACUCCCAUGUUUGCCACCCGGGGGAAGGCGGCGGCCGCCCCAGGCGCUGCCGGGGCUGCGCGGCCCUGCGCGUCGCCGAUGCCGACUACGAGGCUAUUUGCAAAAUCCCGCGCAAAGUGGCGCGCAGCGUUUCCUGCUGCCCGUCUUCAGCUCGGUGGUCGCCCAGUCUCUGCCCCGAAGACUCUCCUCCCGCCACCAAAACGCCUUUGGAUGGGGAAAGCCUCGGCGAGGAAGGGACUCCCGGCUCCUCGGUGGAGUCUUUGGACCCGGCGCUGCUGCUGGCGGUGGCUGCUAGCCCUUCGCCGCAAAGGGACGAGGAAGGGGACCAUGAGGCCAGGCGCGGCGGCAAGUGCGAGGCUUGCUGCGGCUCUCACGGCGGGUCGCCGCCGGGAAACCGCUUGGACGUCGCCCUCGGCCUGGUCAGGGCUUUUGACUGCAAACCGGUGCGCAGCCCCAAGGGGAGCAAGCUGCCGGUGCCUGUCAAAUCGAGCGCCCUUUGCUCCGAGCCCCUGGACAGAGAUGCUUUGGCUGCCUUGCUGAAGACGCCCUGCAAGCCCCACUCCGGAUCCGCUUUCGCCUUUCCCUCGGAGAUGUCGGAUCUUCAGGAGUUGUGGGAAAGCCUUUGCGAGGAUUAUAUGCCACUUCAAGUGAAGAAUUCAUGGGAAGAUCAGCAACAACUCACCUGCUGCGACUCUUCAGUGGGCAAGCAAGCAUCUGAAUUAAAUAAUGCUGAAUUGCUGGAAAAAAUCCACCACCUUGAUGCUAACAAUAAGUUGCUGCAAGAGAAGCUGAAUGAGAUGGAUUUUGAACUGAAGUCUGUCCAGCAAACAUCCCAGAGACAAGAUCACAAAAUCCAAAAUUUGAAUGAGACUCUGAAAAGCAAAGAAACUGAGUCUGAAGAACUGUACUGUGUCAUUGAAGGGCAGAAUGAGACAAUAACCAAACUACAAGAUAUACUACAUAGAAGCCAGCUUGGACAAUUGCAGGUCUCCGAGAGCGCUUCCUCGUCACAGCAGAAGCAGCAACUGGCUCUGCUUGAGCUGCAGAACACUCUUUUCCUCACCCAGCUGGAAGCCCAGCAGGUGCAGAGGGCUAAGCAGCAGAAGGAUCGCCAGUUGGCCGAGGAGAAGAGAGCCACCCAGCUUCUAGAGACGUGGUUGCAAGAGGAGCAGCAGCAGAAAGAAGCGGCGUGGAAACACAACUGGGAGUUGCGGGCUACUCUUCAGCAGCUGCAGACGAAGCUACAGAACAAGAACUGGCAGUGCUGGACUCUGGAGAGGGAGAAAUGCUCGGCGAUCAAAGGGCAAGAGCAGAAAAUCAAGCAGUUGAACUACUGCCUGGCUUACAAAGAACAGCUUGUGCAGGAGUGUAAAGAACUUCUGCAGUAUCAUCAGAAUUUGGACAAGAGUCCUGCAUCUGCAGCUGCGGAUAUGGUACAGAAAUUGCAGCAACGAGUCAAAGAUAGAGAUGCUGCUCUGGAGCAAGCGGUAGACGAAAAGUUCCAUGUGCUUGAAGAGAAAGAGCAAGAGCUGCAGCAGCUUCGUUGGUCUCUGAGAGAGCGGGAGCACGACCUGGAAGGGCUGCACAGGAUCCUGUCUAAUAACGAGACCACCAUUCAGGGCCUGGAGAGUAUGCUGAAAGCCAAGGGUCUGGAACUGGAGCAGCUGUCAGCAACCUGCCAGAACUUCCAGUGGCUGAAAGAGCAAGUAGAAGCAAAAUCUCAAAGCUGGCAGGCAGAGCAAGCGGGGAUCAUCCAGCAGCUGCGGACCACUCUGCAUGAAAGGAACAAGGAAGUGGAAGCCAUCUCAGCAGCUCUGCAGUGCAAGCUGGGGCCCGGGCAGAGGGAUAUUGUGGAGGAACUCUGUUUCCGCCUUCAGCAGAAGGAGCAGAUCAUCCAAGAGCUCUUAAAUGACAAGAACCGGCGUGUCGAAGAGCAGAAGGCCGAGAUCCAGAGCUUGCUUCAAGCCGUGAGCGCCAGACAGCAGCAAAGUCGUUCAUUUUCUGAGAAGAUGGCACAGGCUUUAAUAGAAAGAAGUUGUGAGCUCCAAGUCUUGCACCAGCAGCUGACGGGCCAGAUCCCCGGAUGCAAAGCUGAGGUUUCAGUUGCCCAACUCUCCCAGGAAGGACAGUCAAGUAAAGCAUUGAAGCGAGGAAAGACUGAUGAGAACAUAACUACCACAGUCCCUAAGGGAGAAGACGGUACAUCCAAAAAGGAGAAAGGAGUGUCGGAGUCGACUGCCGGACUGGAGAAGGAGCUCUCUAGUGUGAAGGACGAGCUCGAGCUGUUGGCACGAAAGGAAAGAGAGAGCCGACUGGAGUUGUCUGCUCUUCAGUCUGUGGUGGUUUCCCAAGAGGAGGAGCUGCAGGUUCAAGCUUCUGAUGUCGAAUCUCUUACUAGGAGCAUUCAGAUCAAAGAAGAACUUAUCAAGGACUUACAGAUGCAGCUGGUUGAUCCUGAAGAAAUGCCAGCUGUGGAGAGACUUACCCAGGAAGUUCUGAUGCUUCGGGAAAAAGUAGCCCAAGGGGAAUCGCAGAGGCAAGAAGUCUCAGGAAACGGGAAGCAGCAGCUAUUGCUGCUCUUGGAGGAGCUGGCAGCAGAGAAGAACCAGCUGAAUGAAGCCCUACAAACCGAAAAGCAGCUCUAUAGCACUUUGGUGAAAUUCCACGCUCAUCCUGACAGCCCAGGGCAAGAACAGAUGCUGCAGGAGGAACUGGAAGGAGCCCGGGCGCUCCACAAAAGGCUGGAAGAGGCUCUUGGGAGAACCUUGGAGCGCCUGCUAAGGCUGGACUCGCUGGACACAAACGGAGUUCUGGCUGUGACUGAGGACACUGAAGAUGCCAGCACUGAGUUCACGGACAGCAUCGAGGAGGAGGAGGCUGCGCACAGAGCAGCUCAGCAGCAGCAGCAGCAGAAUGUGAAAGAAGAUGCUGCUGACAUCCUGAUGGGCCAUCCCAGCUGUCCUUCGCCAGUCUCUUCAGCCCUGGAGAGGGGCCUGCACGAGGAGCUGCUCCGUUCGAGAUCUGAGACUCAGCAAGUUUUGGAGCAGAAGAAGAAGCUGGAAGAAGAGCUGCAGGAUCUCAAGAGGCAGAUUGAGGACUCCGGGUUCUCCUCUGUGUCUCACUUCAGGAAGGCCCUGCUGAGCCUGUGUUUAGAGAACGCAGAGCUCAAGGAACAGAUUGGUGAAGCAAUGUUGUCUGAGGGAUGGGAGAAUGACGAUGAAAAAGAGGAGGAAAAGGACCCAAGGCCGGAGGUCAGGAAGCUGCAAGAAAAGCUGAGCACCGCAGAGACAGUGAUUGGUGUGCCCAAGGAGCCUCUGAUGUUGGACAGCCAAGGAGGCGAAGUUGUCUUCAAGCCCCAUGUCGCUGCUAGCAUGGAGACCAAACAGCAGCCAAUGGCAAAGGGGCUUCUUCCACAGAAGGGUGACCCACAUCGCCUGCAACCCCAAUGUGUGGACUCCGAUGCAGUCCACACCUCCACAGACACCCAGGUCCACACUCUAACGAGAGGUUUUUGGCAGCAUUUUAUGGAACCGGCUCAGCAGCUCCGCUCAGAGCUGACUCAGUGCAGGAGACAGUGUCGAGACCUGCAAGACAAACUCUUGAUCUCAGAGACUGCUGUUCAGGCCCGGAUGGCACAGCUGGAACACUACCAAGCCCUGCUCAGUGAUCCCGGGGUACAGCAGGAUAACAAGCAGGUUCAAGUGGAUCUCCAGGACCUGGGCUAUGAGACCUGUGGGAAAAGUGAAAACGAAGCUGACAGGGAAGAGGCCACAAGUCCUGAAUGCGAAGAGGACGAUGUCUUCAAUGAGAAUUCGGAGUCUUGGAAGAAGUUCCUGGGCUCCCCUCCGAACAAGCUAGCGAAGCAAGAAGCAUUCGUAGGAUGCAGCCAAUACGACGGCGGUUCUGCCCUCUCCCAGCUGCACACCCAGGGCCUCAAGGGCCAGCUGCAGAGCUCCAGCCGAGCCAUCCAGAAUCCACUGAGUCACGGGCGCUCCGUGUCCACCAGCAGUGACUAUGCUUCUGGGGCUGAGCACCCUCUAAAACUGAAGCAGGACUACACCCUUGGGAGCUCCCCGUCACACAGCAUGACGGAUGAAGAUGAAGGGUGGCAUUCGGACAGCUUAGGAUCCCUGUGCCCCAAAACUCUUCAGUCCAGCAAAGACCUGGCCAGGCUUAUCCAGAGAGUGUCCCUACUUGAGGCCCACCUAGAUGACACCAAGCCAGAGGAGCUAAAGCACACUGCAUCUAUGGGGAAAUAUGAUUCACUGGUUCAAGCACAGGCUCGGGAGCUCUCCCAUCUGCGCCAGGCAAUCCGAGAGGGGCAAGGGGUGAGCUGUAUGCUGAGCCAGCACUUCAGGGAUGCCACCAAGUCCUUCGAGGAACUCCUGAGAGACACCAACAUUGAUUACUUCCUGGGUCAGAGCUUCCGUGAGCAGCUGGCACAAGGGAACCAGUUGGCAGGACGACUGGCCCGGAAACUGAGCAGUAGGAGUGGUCUAAACAUGGAAGACAAAUCUGGUCAUGAGCUGCUUGCUCUGAGGUUGAGCAAGAAGCUCCAAGCGAAGGACCAGAUCAUCAAGACCCUCCAGGCCAAGCUUCAAGGACACUCGGUGACCCCUUCUCCUAGCCACACCAUAUCGGAGGCACCCAGUUCUGGAAGCAGUACUUCCUUCCUCUCUGAUGGCCUGGACGGUUGCUCUGACAUGGAAGAUGUUGGUGACCAGGAGACCCCCAGAGAAGGCCAACCCUGCAGACACCUAGAUGCAGGUCUUGCGAACCAUUCUGAGAACGCUUCUGCUCCACCAUCCCAUCCAGCUCCUGCUGCUCCACCAGAAUCAGUUCAAAAGAACUUCUCUCUGCCCACUUCCCUGCAUCCCUCACAGAUUCCAGGCCAGGCUUCUGCAGGCUUCCACCCCGACUCCUUAUCCAAGCCAUCAAGCUACCCUUUGGCUCCCUGUGCCUCAGGGUCCAGCUCCUUCCUGCCUUUUGGGUGUCCGGCAGCCACUGCUCCGUUCCUUGGCUGCUGUGGAACGCCGGGCUUCUCAUUGGCCAACGCGCAGCAGGAGCUGCAGAUGUUGCAGAAGCAGCUGGGAGAAAGUGUACCGCCCUCUGUACUGUCACCGGCAAAACCAGAGUUGCCAGCUGGUCUCUUUGCUAUGGGUAGCCCUGCCUAUAGCUCCAAGCACUGCCCCCGAGUGGACCACUGCGUUCCUCGGUCGCUUCAUGUGCAGCAGAACACUGUCAACUGGAACAAGCAUGCUGGGGAAGUCCUGGGGGAGAGCAGCGACACCAGGAAUACGACUCACCUCAGAGAGCCUCAGAAAGGACCGGUCUGUGGAAGUUUACCAUCCUGCUCCUCAACAUGUCUGACAGGCCCAUGGCUUUCAGGUGCCAGUUUGCUACAAGAACAUCUGGCUGAGAUCCAGAUCCUGGGCCAGCGCUUGGCAGAGUCCAUUUCCACCAACAAUCGCCUGCGGGAGCAGCUGGAGGCAAGUCUGGUCUCCGUGGCAAGGAGCAAUGAGUGGGGGCCCCUGCAAGAAGCUCUGCUGGCAUCGCACUCCAAGCUGCAGGACGGAGAGGUGGAGCUGGAAAAGCAGCAGGCCGAGCAGCAGCGCCUGAGGGAAGAAGUGCGGGGCAAGCAGCAAGACCUCGUGCAGCUCCGGGAGGAGUGCUUGGCUCUGCAGAAGGACAAUUCAAGGCUUCAACACCAAGCCAUGUUGCUGCAUCAACAGUGCGAAGAGAACCAAGUGCUCUUCCAAGCCUUACAGGCUGAAUUGUGUGUCCGUGAAGUGCCUGGUGGAUCCCUGCAGAGGGCAGAUACAGCUUGCCCAAGGGAUGGCCGAUCCAAGGGCCCCGCUCCGAGCGCUGGUGGCGAUCUCCUGCAGGAGGCCAGGGCUUUGCGGAAUCAGCUGGCACAAGCUGUCCAGGUGAAUUGCAUCCUGCAGCAGCAGCUGGAGAAGCAAUACAGUCCAGGGGCCAGUCCUGCUCUCCAAGGCCUUGGUAUGUCCUUUUCUGCCUCCAGAUGGCAGCACUCACAAGGUAGGCGAGACUGCAGAGGUUGUCCCACAGGUCAGGCCAGGCCUUUCCCUUCAUACCUGGCUCUGUGUCCUUUUGUCCCUUUCCCCACUCUCCAGUAUUUUCUUGCCUUUUCAGAUUCAACCCUUUCACCACCGGUCCGGGAUGUCGGCAUGAACUCCUCUCCUUCUCUCUUCCCGCUCAUCCCUGUCUCUGUUCCGGUCCUCCAAGCCAAUCAUGAGGCACAAGGGACAUACCGCGGGAAUGACUCAGUGCUGAAAAAUGAUAUGCACAAGCUGGAGACCCAUGUCAUAAGCCAUGCUGAGGACUACAGAACCCUCAAGCAACAAAUCCUGGAGGGCAAGAUUCUGGUUGGCAAGAUUGCGUCACUCCUGAAGUCUGGCCACGAACCUCAGGACAUCAGGGUCUUCCAUCCAGGGGGCUUCAGGCAGCUUCUUGCCAGCACGAAUUCCUUGCACCAAAUCUUGGAGAAAGCGGCCUCCCUCCUGUCGUUGUUCUGGAUAGCGGUGCUCCCUGUGCCUCACAUCUCUGCUCAAGCACAGCAGGCGAAGCAAUCUAUGAAAGAAGAGAUCCAGGUACUCCGCGCUAAGCUGGCAAAUCAAGAGAGCCGCCUGCAGCAAGCCAGCCACUAUAAGGACAGCAUGGAGAACUUCCUCCUUGCCCACUUGACCAGGACACACGCUGUACUGAAGAAAGCCAGGACUAACUUGGAGGGCAUCUCAGAGCCAGUGACGUUCUCUCCAUUGUGUGAUCAUGUCCUUGCAUGAGCGAGGAAUGGGAUUGGAACCAUUCAAGUGCCCAGAGACAGGAGGAGGAAGAAAGCCAGCUACUGAGUUCCUCUGGUCGCCCCUCCACGUGCAGGGAUCAGAAAUGGCUUGCUGUGGCUUAGACAUCUGGUUCUUCAUCACCCAGCAAGCUCUGUUUCUAUCAAUCCAGGAACCAAACCAUCUUUUGCCUAUCGACGCUUGCUGCCUUAGUGAGGGCCAACUCUGGUACCGCAACUUGUGCACACAAGAAACCCUGAACACAGCCAAGUUGCAUCCUCCACAACUUCCAGAAGAGCAGCGAAGUGACUCAGCUGCUGAACCAGGCUGGUGCUCCCCGCCCCCUCCCCCUUCAUCCCCAUCAGUGCAAUAUGAGAAAUAGACAAUCAACUAUAGCGUAUUGACAGUAGGACAAAUUUACCUAAACCUAGAGAAAAAAGCCCUUAGCAUGGAUUCUUUGGAAGUGUGACUCUGGUAGGGGGAAGAGAGAAAGCAACGUAUUCUUUGCUUACUUUUGACCCUAGCGUCAUUGGACUUUUCAGCUACUUGUUUUUGACUUCUGGAGUUUAAUUUAUUUAUUACAAUAGUUAUAUGCACCAAAAAAAAAAAAA